AUGUACGGUGAGAUUGGCAACAAACUGGUACAACACGCCAAACGCACGCAAUCGCUGGCACAUCUACCGCCGUAUCAAACCGAGCUGGUACGGGCUGUCACUCGUGAAGUACGUGACCUCGACAAGGACGUGGCCACGAUCCUCGAGCCCUUUGCUGGCUCCUUCAACCCCUCCGCCGAACCUGCAACCGCCUGCGCCCUCCUUGUAAACCACCUAUGCAUGAGGAGAGACAAGCGUUGUCUUCUCGCAUACCAUCGCACAAGGACCGAUAAGCUCGAGGAAAUGUGCUGGAGUGGCAUUGAUGUGCUUGAACGGCAACAGCAGCAGUCACAAAAAGGCGCGGGGGAGGGGUCGGGCGCGGCAAUGGGCGCAGACGGAACAGGCAGUAGCUUGAGUCCCGAAGAGGAGGAAUACGUGAGGCAGUAUAGCGACUUGUUGGCGAGCUACAAGGGGCAGUGGACCGACAUUGAUCUCACAGGGAGUCUGGAGCCACCCAAGGACUUGUUCAUCGAUGUCAGGGUGCUGAAGGACGCUGGAGAGAUACAGACAGAAUAUGGGGCCAUCACUUUGACCAAGAACAGCCAGUUCUACGUAAGGCAGGGAGAUGUUGAACGACUCAUUGCGCAGGGGUACCUCCAGAGACUCAGUUGA